UGGCAGAAUCCCAAACGGCUCCUCAGUGGACAGAUAGUGCAGCACACCGCGCGUAAAAGGCCAUUAUGUCAUACCCUAUGUAGUGCGCUGCUGUAUGAAGAAUAAAGUCAGUUGGGAUUCAGCCUUUAUGAAGUGGCCAACUGUGCUAAACGGGCCGGGACGCGGACUAGCGGGGCCGCAAACAGAUAGUUUAAACUUUGAUUUUUUUAAAUACAUAUGCAGGCUGACGUUUUGUUAUAAGUGCGACUUGAAAAUAAAGACAAGACGAUGUUAAGAGGAAUAUACACCCGAGGGGGAGUUUAAAACAGGUCUGAAACAAGCAAAACGGCUAGCGGCUGCUUCUUUGGAGACCACGCCCAUCAAGCUCUGUUCUCUAAGGAUGGCUGAAGGCCAGAAAACCACCGAACUCUUAGAAUGCCCCACAGAAUGUGGGGUCACAGCAGAAGAUCGGGACUUGAAGCCUGAAGUCCUGUCCUCCAGCUCUCCUACAUGCGAGGAGCCAGUCAGUAUGCAGAGCCCCUCCAGGUCACUGCCCCCUGGCUUAUUGUCCAUGCCUUGCCUGCUGAAGGAGCUGCGCAGAGACUCCUCACCUGAGGCCCUGCCACCAGAAAAAGACCCUGCCACCUCUGUAAUUCAGAUCUGCCCACAAGAGGACAGUGAUUCCUCAGCCUACCUGCGAUCACCCUCGUCUUCUGGUCAUCUUGGCGAUUCGGACACUCUUUCCUCGGCCGAAGAAGGGGAUGUAGAAUUGACUGACAGUAAGCCUGCCUCCUCUAAUCAUUCUGACCCCGCCCCCAGGAAGUCAUCACGCCGCUCACGGUCAGAGAGCGAUGCGUCUGCUGGCGUUGCCAUGGCUGCCAAGAAAAACCGCUGUCAGGAGAGGCAGGCGAACGGCGGACGUAUCCGAGAGCGGGGCAAGCGCAGCCAGAGACACAAAGAGCGAAUGCGUCUGCUAAGGCAGAAACGCGAGGCAGUAGCCAAGCGCGAGGACAGCAGCACUAGUGACAGUGAUGCCACUGCACACUCUUCGUCAUCGUCAUCGACAGCAUCAUCUGACAACGAGGGUGGGACAGUCGGUUUGCAUCCUCCAGUGGGGCCUGAGGUCAUCGGCCACUAUGACGUGUCAGACACACACUCUGAACAGGAGCAGCAGUUGCACACACACUCAGGUCCAGUAGAGGUGGCUCCUCCCCAGGUGAGUCUGCCAUUGUCUGACAGUGAAGUGGAGAUUGUUGGCGUACAGGAAAAUACCAGUGCUGUGUCAAGAUUUCCAAGAGGUGGCGUGAUCCAGUCUUUGUCAGCUUGGAAGCAAACAGCCAUGCCCCGUUGGACAUCAGUCUCCGCCCAGCCUGAAUGGGCUCCAACACCUGAGGUGGUGGAUCUGACACUGGAUGAAGACAGGCAUAGAUUUUUGCUGUGAUCCCACACACUAGGCACUCAAACCCAGUCAUUACUUGAGCAUCUUUAAAUAUUAAACAUUAUAAUGUCCAAGUUUCUCCCUUUAUCGGUUUGAUGACAUUUCAGAUUUUAUUUUUAUUUUUUUUAUGGUUUGGUGUGACAAUCUGAACUGAACUGAAUGACAGACAUUGCUGUCAUACAUCAGUUUUUAAAAGAUUUAGGAAGGCCACAUCAAGAUCUGUGUAGAUACACUGGUGAUGUAUAUUUAAUUUCCCUGUGUGUAUGACUCCAUGUCAUGUAUGACAUGCAGCAGUACUGUAAUGGAAUCCAAGCUUACUUCAGACACAAGCUUCAGAUUUUUGCCUUUAAAAGGACAAAAAAAAACACCUUGGGGAAGGAUCAGAUUUGUUAAGUCCAGUUUAUUCAAAUGCACAGCCGAUCAAAAUUGUCCAAACUACUGUUAGACAUAUGCUGUAUGACUUCAUAGUUCAUUUUUAUGAUAUCUGCACUGAAAUUUGCCCUUUCCCUAUUUCUAAUAAGACUAUCAGGUUAAAUCUCAUGUUUUAGUAGUUUCGGCAAACAUACACAAAUGCCUGUGUUUGCCUCAGGUGUCUUCACCCCUUUGCUGUAACUUACUGCAAAACUGCUUUGUAGUGCAAACAUAGCAGAUUUUACCUGAGAAUUGCAAUAUUUCAAUUAGAAAUAUGAGAGAGUACUACAAAGGGAAGUGUUAUCAAACUAUUCAGUGCUGCUGCCUGAGUGUAUUUGCCUGUGUGUGUAUGUGUGUGUGAGAGAGAGGGUGAGAGUGCGUGAAAGACAAAGUUUUUCUGCAGUGGAGAAUAUCUUCAGGCACACUCCAGUUUAUAUAUUUUAGCAAAGAUUAUGGCCUUUAUAUGCUAGUGGAAAAGUGGAAAAUUCUUAGACAUUUUUUUAGUCACUAUUUUUAAAUAAUUAAAGUGAUUGAGUCUAGUUUACUGUGCUUACUGUCCACAUUGAUCUAUAAGAUUGUAUAUUAGUUUUGCUAUAUCUUGCUUUCUUGUAAUACAGCAUUAGAUGUUCUUAUUAUUAUUUAAAAUAUGUAUUUUUCAGACGUGCUUGAAAGAGAUUAGGAAGGAAAUACAUAUUUUUCAAAAUAGAUAUAAUACGUUUUGCUGUGUUUUUUUAAAUAAUUUUUUUCAUGGCCACUGAUGUUACUUUUGUUUGUAACCAAUCCCAUCAUUUAGCUGCCUCUUCAGAUUGACAGAUCUUCAGACUGUGUAUGAGUGUUGAAAGGAGGAGUAAGUAAAAGAUGACAGCAGCAUUCUUCCUGCUACAAUCAUGUGGAUGUUUAUAAAUGCCAAGCAAUAUUUAUCUGGCUUGCAUGUGACAUGGGUUUUGUUUCCAGAAACAGAAGUGUGCAGUUACUGAUACAGGAAAUAGAUUUGCAUAAUGGUAUGUGGAAAGAAUAUUUCUCAGUGUGUAAUUUCUGAAUACAUAAGGAGUGUCAGACUUGAUUUGGGAGCUGACCUAAAAGUUAAUUGCCUGAAUGUGGUGUGUUGAAGAGGGAGAAAUGGAAAUCUUUAUAGAUUGAUGUUCCUAAACUAGAACUUGGUUACAUAUACAAACAGCUUGAAAGAUAUGCAAACUCAUUCAGAACCUAAACAUGACCUUAUACCACAGCACUUUUAAAUUCCCAGAUCGGUUUUGUUCAGAAAGUGCUUAAUUAAUUUUCUAUGAUAACUUUGGCAGUAAUGCCAGCAAUAAUUCAUAUUGCAGGUUUAUAUUAAUGCACACCUUCCUUUAUUAUAUCAUUUCUAUAGUAACAGCUACAACACUGGGACGUGUUUAGAUGAUGAUCCAUAUAUUUUAAGCCUAAAACUUAAGAUUUAACAAACUCACUGAUAUGGUAAUAAUUUCUGCAAGAGAACAACUAUGUAAAAUUAGUAAAGGAGUCUCAGGGGCCAGUGCUUUGUAAUGAGUGGUAACUUUUCCACUGUAACAGUCUUCAGAACAGACAAGGUUGAACUUUUCAGUUUUUCAGUAACGGAAGAAUGAGAUGUUGAUAAUGGAAUAAGUUCUUCGCUACCAUAACGUAAGUAAAAAUGGGAGUUAAUGUUCUGCCAAAUUGCUGUGGUGUAAAUGGAAUUAUACACUUGUAUAACUGCUGUUAUUAAGACAUAAUCAGCUUCAGGUUAGACUUUGCUUCAGGCUGCAUCACAUAAUACUGUCAAUGUUUGUUGUCUUCUAACAGAGUUUCUCAACCCUGGUCCUGGAGUUUAGAAUCCUGAACUUUUUUUUCCCCUGAUUCAACUAAUCAGUUAGUUAACAGUCUUUUGUGAAUAACAAGCUGUGUUGAAGCAGGCAAAAUACUAAAAUGGGUAUAGUACAAGGGAAUAUUACAUGACCAGGGUUGAGAACUAUGUCUUAUAACAACAUACCUUGUACUAUUUUCUUCUUUGUAUAAUGUAAAGUAAAUGUAAGUGUAAAUUUUGCUUCUUGUUGUGAGAUGGGUUACAUAUCUACAAGGAUAAAGAGCUAGAAAAACCUUUUUAUGUUUGUGCAUAUCACUCUUUCAGAGAAGUUAUAGAUUCAUGUCCUUUUACCAAGUACAUUUACGUUGGAUAUAAUAUUACACUAAUAAUGGGAAAAACAGUCCAGUCAGAUACAAAACAGGUAAACACCUCAAUCUGAACAUUCUGACCCAGUGGAAAUAAGAUGUGGUGUAGACCUUUGAUAAUUGGUUCAAUAGGUAUAUUUGUGUCAUAUAAACACGUGAUCCAAUAGUUUCUCUUUUUCUUUAAAUACAUAUAUUCAUUCUCUACAAGUUCUCCACGUGGUGGUAACAUUACGUGACUUCACAGGUUUCUGGCAGAGACACUUAGUUUUAAUUCCUGAUCAGUAAACUCUUUCAACAACUGGGUCUCUGGCUGAGGAAGGGACACUGAUUGGCUUCAAUUCAUGUGCAAAAAAAGUUUUUAUCCAAUCAUAGAUGAUAAAUCUGAAGGUGUAUAAUUAUAAGAAUAGUACCGAAGGUGGGGAACCUUAUUUAGAAAAUAUGGAAACCUAACCUUAAAGUUGGUUUAAAAAGGUUUUUUUUUUUCUGUCAGAUGAAAUGCUUCCCAGAAAGCAUAACCACUUUGCACAAAGAAGUUGUUCUGAUUAAAUCAUUAAAUCAUGUAAAAGCACAUUGUAUCAGAUCAGUGUUCUUAAUAACAGUUACAUCGGCAUAAUUUCGUUCACAUUGAACUUUGUCAAGGUAAAUGUUUUUUGCCCUUUUUGGCUCACCACAAUAACUAUGCUUACAUCCUUCUAAGGAUAAUUAAUUUGUCGAGCCAUGUAGUUGACAUCCUUCAUUUCCAUCAUGUCCUUCAUUCUUUGCUGUUAGUAAGACCUGGAUAACUGGAGGCAAGGCCUUUUUUCAAAAAAAUAUAUUACAAACGCUGUUAGUAUAAUAAACUUACAGGACACUAAACUAUUUAAGAUCCACUGUGUACUCAAGUCUGUGAUCUCAACAGACAUAACCUGAUCUGAAGAUGACUAAUGAUUUUUUGAUGACAAAUCUUCCUUAUGGAUAAAAGGUUUACAAAGUAGUGGUGUAUUUUUCAGAUUCUAAAAACAUUUUAAACCGAAAUGGCAGACUUGUUUGGAUGUGAGACUCGAUGAACAGAAAGGAUGCAUCAAGGAUCAUCACUGCAUGUACAUUUUUUUAUAUGAUAAACUAUUAUAUUUAUAUAUGAUAAACUAUAGCAAAAUUUCUAAUUACAUUUUUAGACAAAGAGAAUGAUUUUAUCAGGGCUUGGUAACACUGCAUAUUCUGGUCAUGAAUUUGCUGUCUCAAAAAUUAACAGCAGUAUGUUCACAAUUUUAUAGACCAUCCCAGGAAACUGAUAACGAUCCUCUAUUCUGCUUACAUUGUGACUUUUUGGCAGUAUUUUAAAUUAUGGACUGUAUAUGUUAAAACAUAUUUUUGUGUCUCUAAGUUCUCUACUUCCUUCAAAGUAUGAAUAUUGGAAUAAAGGGCAAUAUUUUAAUAUUAAUAAAGUUAUAUAAUAAGUAAUGUG